UUCCCCGGCGCGGACGCCUCGCCGCUUACUUCCCAUCUCUCUCCGACGCACUCUAUCCAUCAGGACCCUCGCGUCGCCUUGACGUCGCUGCGCUGCGGUAGUGGUAUAAUAGUGCUCCAGAUUCCGAUUACAUGCUGAAACUUUAAAUGAAGAUGGUAUAAGAUCGUGCGCACACCUUUUCCUUAUUUACAUUAUUGUAAUUGACAUUGUGCACAGUGAGAGUCAAGCAUGUAUGGGUAAACGGACAUCUGGAUGCAGUCUGCCCCCCGACUUUGUGGUUGUCACAAAAUAAACAAUACCGUGGCAAGAACUCACGUCAGUCAGCUGGGCUUCCGAAACCUUUGAUUUUUGCCGAUGAGUGAGUGAUCUUUUUGUGGUUGAUAGUGAAUUAUAAGUAAAUCUAUAGACUUUUAGAAGAGAUUAGAAGAUAGUUGAUAGUGUGCGAACAUUCCUCCUCACAGUAUGGCCUCGGUCGCCGCUUGGCUGCCAUUCGCGCGGGCGGCGGCCAUAGGUUGGGUGCCCAUUGCUACGCACCCUUUACCACCACCCCCUGUACCAAAAGACCGCAGGAAGGCCGAUGAUGAAAAAUUACUUAUCAAUGUAUCGGGACGGCGAUUUGAAACUUGGAGGAAUACACUAGAAAAAUACCCAGACACUCUUUUAGGUUCUAAUGAGAGGGAGUUCUUCUAUGAUGAAGACGUCAAGGAAUACUUCUUUGAUAGAGACCCAGAUAUUUUUAGACAUAUUCUUAAUUACUAUAGAACAGGUAAAUUACACUAUCCUAAGCAUGAAUGUUUAACCAGUUAUGACGAAGAACUAGCGUUUUUCGGUAUCCUUCCCGAUGUUAUAGGAGACUGUUGUUAUGAAGAUUAUAGAGAUAGGAAACGUGAAAAUGCUGAAAGACUUAUGGACGAUAAGCUUUCAGAAAACGGAGACCAACAUCUUCAACAACUUACAAAUAUUAGACAGAAAAUGUGGCGUGCUUUCGAAAAUCCACAUACUUCAACUGCUGCUCUAGUCUUCUACUAUGUGACAGGAUUUUUCAUAGCAGUUUCGGUUAUGGCCAAUGUCGUAGAAACAGUGCCAUGUGGAAGUAGACCAGGUGGAGCAGGAUCGCUGCCUUGUGGAGAACGUUACAAGAUAGUGUUUUUCUGUUUAGAUACAGCAUGUGUCAUGAUAUUCACAGCAGAAUAUCUUUUAAGGAUGUUUGCUGCACCAAAUCGUUAUAAAUUCGUAAGAUCAGUGAUGAGUAUCAUAGACGUAGUUGCUAUUUUACCCUACUAUAUUGGACUAGGUAUCACAGACAAUGAUGAUGUAUCGGGUGCAUUUGUUACUUUAAGAGUAUUUAGAGUUUUCAGAAUUUUUAAAUUUUCAAGACACUCACAAGGUCUUCGGAUUUUGGGCUAUACGCUCAAAUCCUGCGCUUCCGAGCUAGGGUUUCUGGUAUUCUCUUUAGCUAUGGCGAUUAUUAUAUUUGCUACAGUGAUGUUCUACGCGGAAAAGAACGUCGGAAAGACCUUCACAUCUAUUCCAGCUGCAUUCUGGUACACCAUCGUCACUAUGACGACUUUAGGAUAUGGUGACAUGGUGCCAGCAACUAUAGCUGGAAAAAUAGUCGGUGGUGUUUGCUCCCUUAGCGGUGUGUUGGUAAUCGCCCUGCCUGUACCCGUCAUUGUCUCAAACUUCAGUAGGAUAUAUCACCAGAACCAAAGGGCCGAUAAACGAAAAGCUCAAAGGAAAGCCCGUCUGGCCCGAAUUCGCAUUGCCAAAGCUUCGUCAGGAGCAGCAUUUGUUAGUAAAAAGAAGGCCGCCGAGGCACGGCUAGCAGCUCAAGAGUCUGGAAUAGAAUUAGAUGAUAACUAUAGAGAAGAAGAUAUUUUCGAACUGCAACAUCAUCAUUUGCUGCGGUGUCUGGAAAAGACUACCGACCGAGAGUUUGUCGAACUUGAGGUACCAUAUAACGGCCAUCCCAAACGACCGGGCUCUCCAUCGCCGAUGGCAAGUCCGGCCCAUUCGGCUGUAUCUAUGGGCUUACUCCAGUCCUGCUGUGGUCGCUGCUGCCCGAGAAGGUACCAGCAGACCUGUGGAAAGUACAUGCCUGCUGCCUCGGCAGCUCAGACCAAUCAGACGGGAAGUGGCUUAGAUGGAACUUACUUAGUAGAAGCGUCUUUUUAAGACAUAUCACGUUUUUUAUUUUACUAAAUAGUAUUAUUAUGUUGUCGGCCUAAGGUCUAGAUUUUGAACGCAUUACGAAGAUUUUAUGGUGAGCUUGUUUCUGGUUUUGUUCAUUCCGUACUUCCUUUAGAAGAUAAACUGAAAAUGUAGCUUAAGAAAAUUGUAUGAACUAUCGUGUUUACAAUUUUUCUUGACAGUCAAAUUACUGCAACUAUACGACCUAAUAAUAUUAAACUACUAAAAUAACUGUUUUGGUUACUUUAGGAUGUAUCAGUUCGUUAUUAAAAUAUGAGUAAUUUAUCAAUCAAGGUAAGUUUUGAGCAGAAAUGUUGAAAACCACAAAAUUUCUAAUCACAUUUAUUGACAUUGGACUCAUUAAACAAAUAAAAUUUUUCUCUAUUCUUCAUUUCCAGUGGAAGCACCAGAAUGUGUGUUUCAAUGUACAACUUUAUAUUGUUUGUUUCUGUAUUAUUAAAAUUUCUUUCUUUGGAAAUUGAUGAAGUUUGUAUCCGCAGAACGACCGUCAAUAAAACCGACAGAGAUGUAGCAUAAAACGUAUAUAUUUCCGUUAAUGUCAAGCUAGUAGGUUGCUUCUAUAGAUUCCAGAUUGCACUAGUCAGUGAAUAACUACAUGGUUGUGUAUUAACCACCGAUAUACAAAGGUUAUUCUCUUUACCUCGUCUUUCAAGCAAGUUCUGUCUGAAGAGCUAA